AUGGAAACGGUCGAGAGUAAGCCACCUGCUGUGGAAGGCAUCAGUAUGCCGCACUAUGGUGGAUCGCUUGGUGAAAGCCUAGAGCUUUUACUGGAUCAAGCCAGGUUGUUCUUUGAAUCUAAGAACAUAGGCUACACGCAUGAGGAUAACCGCAAGCACGUACUCUCUAUAAUGGUCUUUAACCUAACCGGACAAGCGGCUGCGUGGUAUGUCACACAGCAACAUGAAAUCGCGGACAUUACAGCGCUCGCAGCGGCUCUGCGCCGCGAGUUCAUCCCGCCGGAUCUGCAAGAGCCUCUGUGUACCAGUUAA